AUGUACUUAAUUGUCAAAUUUUAAUUUAAGCCAAAUAUACUUAAGAAAAUAUUAAAAACUUUAGAAUAAAAAGUAAUUAAUUAAAAAUAGUAUAAAUCAAAAAUAUAAAAAAAAAAAUAUGAUUUUUAUAAUAUUUUAAAAAUAAAAUUACUUUAUUUAUAGUUUAAAACUGAUAAGAGUGAGAUGGCAGAAAAUUAUAAGAAAUAAAUCGAUGAGUUGAUUAAAAGCAAUCCUAGGGAACUUAAAUUACAUUUUGAAUAAAGUUAUCCUAUUGAAGAAUACUUCAAUUACCUAAAUCAGUCUAUGAAAUUAUGCUCUAAUCUUAAAAUUUUGACAUUUGGUUCAUAUGGAGUUGAUGAAGAAUUGUCUCUUUAAUUAAGUCAAUCUAUUGUACAAUGGAAAUAAAUCACAAGCCUUACUUUAUAUCUUAUGUAGUAAUAAAUAAGUCUUUAAUAACUAUCUGAAGCGCUUAUAUCAUGCGUUUAAUUAAAUACUUUAAAUGUAUGUCUUAGGACUAGUUUUGGUAUUGAUGAAAUUGGAUUCUACAAAUUAAGUACUGCUCUAAGUUAACUAAAAAGUUUAACUUAGCUAAACUUAGAUUUAUCAGAUACUUUAAUUGGAACUGCGAAUGAUUCUAAUUUAGGUGAAACCAUAGCUAACUUAGGAUAGCUUACUGAUUUAAAAAUAGAUUUAGCGAGAACAUAAAUAGGUUAAAAAUGUGCUCAUAAUAUAUUCCAAGGUGUUCUAAAUUGCAAAAAACUUGUUUCUUUUGAUCUAAAUCUUUAUUCUAAUUAACUAAGCUUUGAUAAUACCUAUAAUUUUGAUGAAGAAGCACCUGCUGCUUGCAAUCUUUAAUCAUUUAAAAUAAGCUUAAUGUUUUGUAAAAUUGGAUUAUAUGGAUGUUAAUUAAUAGGUAAGUUAAUAUCUCAUCUGAAAAACAUAACAAAUUUUGACUUGAAUUUGGAUUAUUGCUAAAUUGAUGAUGAGUGUCUUUAGUAUAUUGGGCAAGGCAUUUCUGGAUGCUUGUAUUUAUAAAAAUUUAAUUUACAACUAAGCAAUAAUAUAAUUCAAACUCAUGGAAGUAUUAGCUUUGCGAAAUAUUUAGCAAGUUGCUCUAGUUUAAACUCAUUUUCACUAAAUUUCAUGAGUAACUAAAUUGACCAACAAAUAUUGCACAAUUAUUUGGAUUAGCUUUAUGAAUGUUAAAAUCUGAAUUUCAUUGAGAUAUGUUUGAUGUAAAAUAAGAUAUAAACAACUCAUGUUAAUCAAGUUCCAAAUUAAGAAAAGAGUAAUAAUCUCACUAAAAUAGAUCUAAGUAUUGAUCACAAUUAAAUUGAUGAUUUAGGAGUAUAAGUUUUGACGAAAAGCAUCCAUUAAUGCUAAAAACUAAAUAAUUUAGGACUUUCAUUAGGAGGAAAUUAAAUUAAAGAUUAAAGUGUCUCCUUCAUAUCAAAUAUGCUUCCUAAGCUCUAAAAUUUGAAUGUUCUUUAAUUGAGUCUUUAUUUAAGUUAAAUUACUUCUGAAGGCUGCUCUUCUUUAGCAGAAAGUAUAUCAAAAUGUAGUCUUUUAAGCAAGCUCUCUCUCUAAUUAGACUACAAUUAAUAAAUCAGCGAUUAAGGAGCUUUGAAAUUAGGUGAAAAAAUAGGAUAAUGCUAAAAUCUAACUUCAUUGAGUUUAUCCUUAAGAGAUUGUAAGAUCACUUCUGAUGCUUGUUUGCUAAUGAAAUUCUUAGUAAAUUGUAAAAAUUUACAAAUCUUAGAUUUGAAUCUACAAAAUAACUCAAUUAAUGAUUUAGGAUGUUAAUACUUAGGUGAAUACAUUACUUUUAUUCAAAAUUUGAAUAUUCUUAGUCUGAACUUAAGAGAGUGUGAAAUUAAAGACUAAGGUGCAAAUAUUUUAAGUUUACAAAUAUUUAGAUGUGAAAAUCUAAAAUGCUUACAGCUCAAUUUAUUGUAUAAUUAAAUACAUUCUAAUGAGUAUUUCAUCAAAAUUAUGAAGACUCAUAAGCUAGUUCAAUACAAUUAAUAUUGA